AGGGGGGUUGAGAAAGAGGGAGAAAGAGAGAUGGAUAGAUAGACCGAGUGAAAGAGCGAGCGAGAGAGAGAGAGAGAGAGAGAGAGAAAGAGAGAGAGAGGCGCGCCGGUUCCGUAGCAUUUGUAGCAUUGUAGGUCGUUGCGUUUUAUAACGUGACUCCUUAAUUUCCGCGACGGGUGUCCGCAGCCGCGUGUUGUGCAUCGAGUAGUAGUAAUACUACGGGAGGAUACCGAGACUCCGUACGAAUUUGAUCGAGGACGCGAUCCUCGUGAUCGAGAGGAAGAAAACGAUCAUCGCGGCACGACGAUCACUUUGACAUCAGAUCCAUUCAGAUAAUAGAAAUAAAUAAUAAAGUCGAAAGAAGAAAAAAAGAAAGGAGAGAGAGAAAAGGAGGAAAGGAAAGAAAAAAACUAGUGGUACUUUAAUCGUCGAUUGUGAAACAUUUCACAAGUGUUAUAUUAUAUUUCUCGUCGAAGAUUAAUCCGAGGAUUGAAGAGACCGUACGAUGACCGACACUAAAUAAAUAAAUAAAUAAAUAAACAAAGUUAAACAUAUAUAAGUGAUCGACGUAUUAAGAUCCUUGUCGAAAGUUUGAAUAAUUGGAGAAGAUAAUCUUUGAACAUUUCGUACAAUUAAAAAAGAUCGACUUAGUUAAAAAUCCGAAUGAUAUAUUUCGGAUGGAUGGAUGGAUGGAUGGAUGGAUCGAUCGAUCGAGAUUCGAUCGAUCGAUCGAUCGAUCGAUCGAUCGAUUAAUCUGAUCAACCGAUCGCGUACUACACGAAUUGAUUAAUAAUAUCUCGUGAAAGAAUAAUUCUUUUAUGCGUUUACACACAAUUUGCGGUUUAAAAUCAUCGAAGUCUUUUGAAUUCGAUACGAUAUCGAUUAGACUAAAUUAAGUCUUUAAGAUCGAAACGAACGAACGAACGAGCGAUCGAAAAGGAACGGAAAGAGGAAAAAAAAAGGAAGGAAAGGAGAUAAAGAAAAAAAAAAAUAUAUAGGAAGAAAAACAUUUCCAUUUCUCUGUGUUGUCAUCGACGUUUCGAAAUCUCGAAAUCUCGAAAAGAUUCUCAACGCGAACCGCGCGUGCCACGUUUCUCGUCUGUUGCUGCUGUCACUGCAACUGCAACUGCUGCUGCAACUCCUGCAACUACUGCUGCUGCUACCGCUGCUGCUGCUGCUGUACGCGCGUUGUUGGAAAACGAGUCUCUUGGUACGCCGUAUAAACGUGCCGUUAGGAGGAUAUAUUUAUGACAGAACGAAGAGCCGUCGCGUCGGCGGAAGUCAAGAGGAAACCUUGACUCUGACUAUCGGCGAUCUUUUCCAUCGACGAGAGGGAUAGAACGAUAUCCACGACGAGGACGGGGUGGCGGCGGAGGAAGGCGGAGGAGGGUGUACGGUGAAACUCAGCAACGGAGACGAGCGUAACGGCAGCGGGAGUAGCCGAAGAAGAAGAAGAAGAGGAAGAAGAAAAAGAAGAGGAAGAGGAAGAAGAAGAAGAAGAAGAAGAAGAAGAAGAAGGAAGUGGAGAAGGCGGAGGUGGUGGUGGUGGUGGUGGUGGUGGAGGAGGGGUGGUGGUGGAGGAGGAGGAGAAGAAGGAGGCGAGCAGGAGCAGCUCGUGGUGGCGGCGCCGACGGCUGCGUUGGUUCUGCCAGGGCCGCGCAUGCUUCACCAACGUACCGCUACAGCAACAACACCGCCUGCGACGUCAUCCACCAACAUGUUCCCCCAACAAUACUGCCUGAGAUGGAAGUACCAUCACAGCAACCUGCAGACCAUGUUCUCACAGCUGCUCGAGCGGCAGGCCUAUUGCGACGUCACGCUCGCAUGCGAGGGCAAGACACUCAGAGCGCACAAGGUCGUACUAUCGGCAUGCAGCACCUACUUUGACACGAUCCUGUCGCAAUACGAAGAGAAGGAUCCUAUCGUAAUCAUGCGCGACGUCAAAUUCUCGGACAUCAAAGUACUCGUCGAGUUCAUGUACAAGGGAGAAAUUAAUAUCGAUCACACAAGAUUGUCGUCCCUAUUAAAGACUGCUGAGGAUCUUCAUAUCAAGGGUCUUGCGGAGGUCAGCUGGCGUAGCGAUUCAACGCAAAAUGACUUAAGUAACAGUGGUCACAGUCCUGGUGCGGCUACGCCAGGGGUUGAAACGGUUUUAAGGGAAGGUGACACGGAUGAACCACAACCCCCAAAACAAAGGCGUAGAGGACGUCCUCCAUUGGACGAUACACCUACGACGCACGACGUCUUUACGCCGAAAAUCACAUGUAUCACCGGAAACGAGGAAAUGAUGAGCGAAGGUGACCACGAAAGUUGGGACGACGAAAUGAUGAUGAACGAGAAUAACGAAACGCCACUGCCGGUGCUAUCCUACAUGCCGAAGGAGGACAGUAGUACCUCCGAUCAAGAAAAAAAAGCGCCUACGACGACAGCGUCGAAUUCAAACGCGACGAACCUAUCGAUCCCGGAACAAUUUCGGGACGUCGUUAAGAUGAACGAUUAUUUGACGACGGGCCGCCGACAAGAAUUCUGGGAGGAACCGUUCACGCGACGCGUUAUGGAUGCCAUCAAGAGUAAGGAGUUAGAAAUGAAGACUGCUGCUGAGAUACUCGGCGUUUCUUACGGGACUCUCUAUGGGAGAUAUCGUGACAGUUAUGGUUGCCUUAAACACCCGUAUAGAGUUAGGGAUUUUUGGUCGGAACCUGGACCGGCGGAAGUGCUCGCAAAAUUACGAAGAAAGGAAAUAACGUUGUUCCGUGCUGCUGAGUUCCUCAAUGUAACCGUACACACGUUGGCAACGUACCUGUCUACCCUACAAGGUUCCGAAAGAAUUUCGUUGGCCGGUGACGUUAGUGCGACAUCGGUGAACGUCGAGGGUAACGAUACGCAAGAGAACAACGAGUCGGUUAACGAUAUUAUACAAAAGAUCAAUGCCAACGCCGUUACCGCAGCAACUCCUACUACUUCGACGACAAUAAAAAGAGAGGGUGGUGGUUACUUGGAGGUACCUACGGCAGUUGUACCGAAAGCUGCAACAUCCGUUCUCGAAAACAAUCCAGACAUAACGAUCGUCAAGACCGAAAAUCUACCGCGUAAACGUGAAUAUGCAAAGAUUUCCAAUACAGAAAACAACAAUGCGAAACUGAUGAGCGGUGGUGCCGUCAGUGAGAUUACAACACAAUCGUCUCAACAGCAACAGCAGCAGCAGCAGCAGCAGCAACAACAGCAGCAGCAACAACAGCAACAGCAACAGCAACAACAGCAACAACAACAACAGCAACAACAGCAACAACAGCAGCAACAGCAGCAACAACAACAACAACAACAGAAGAUCACCGAUCCGCUCGCAUUGAACAACGACAACAGUAAACCCUAACUAUUCAGGCCUUAUUUAACACCGGCGAGUCCAAGAAUAACCGGCGCCAAUGCCAGUUACAGAUCCGAACUCUGUCCCCGGAGAUUUUAUUCGAACGUAUUUACGCGCUUCUUGACUAAUUUUCAUUUGAAGUAAAACAAAAAGAAAUAUACGUAUAUAUAUAUAUAUAUAUAUAUAUAUAUAUAUAUAUAUAUAUAUUUAUGUAUAUGUAAUUUGAUUAAUUAAUUUAGAUCAUGAGAUCAUAAUCCGUGAUCGAUCUCUCCGAGGAUCCAUCCAUCCAUCCAUCCUUUCUCCUUUUGUUCGUAUCUUCUUCUCUUUUCUUUCUCUCUCUCUGUCUCUCUCUCUCUCUCUGUCUCUCUCUCUCUCUCUAAAUCUAAAUCUAAAUUACUAAUCAAUUGUCUAUCCGUCUUGUAACAAUCUAUCUGUAUACACCUGUCUCUGUCUCUGUCUAUAUCUAUCGUCUUUCGUCUCGUUCGUCGUGCACAUAAGCAAACAAAGUUCUAACUAGAUAUAGAAAAUAUUUUAAUAAUUUCAUUUAAUUAAACGAUUAAUUUUAAUAUCACGUAAUAACAAUGAUCCUUGAGGAAAAUGUGUGUGUGUGUGCGUGCGUGCGUGCGUGCGUGCGUGUGUGUGUCUGUGUGUGUGUGUGUAUGUAUGUAUGUAUGAUACGUUCGAUGAGCAUGAUACCCAUCGAUAAAACACCAUGAUCUAUUUUUCUUUUUAUCGAUCCUCCUUCUUCGAUCCAAUUCUUUUUCAAAACUCAUCUUUUAUGGAUCCUAAUCAAACAUUUAAAUGUUUAAGAAUAAUAACAAUUCGGGAAUUUGAUCCUCUUUUCUUUUCUUCUUUUUUUUCCUGUGAUCGAUUGUAAUUGUAAUGUAAUGAUAAUAAAAAAAUAAUGAUAAUAAUAAUUAUUAUUAUUAUUAUUAUUAUUAUUAUUUUUAUUAUUAUUAUUGUUAUUAAUAAAAUAGAAAGAAAAACAAAAUAAUAAUAAUAAUAAUAAUAAUAAUAAUAAUAAUAAUAAUAAUAAUAGUAGUAAAUGGCGGCUGUAAUCUUGGAAAAUUGCGUUUAAAAAAAAAAAAAAAAAUAAGAAGAAAAAGAAAAAGAAAAAAAAAGAAAAGAGGUUUAAACGAAGAUAAAAAGAGAUUAAGAAGAGCGUAUAAUAAAAAGUUCAAUCGAAGUUCCUUUUGAAUAACGACGUGUAGUAUGUAUCGCAAACAAACAAACAAACAAACAAACAAACAACAAACAAACAAACAAACAAACAAACAUACAAACAUACAAACAAACAAAAAAGAAGAAGAAUGCCUAGACUAUUUUCUGCCGCAUGUGUCUGUAUGAUGAGUAGAACAUAAAGAGCGACAAUAUAUUAUCUUCUUCACGGUAGAAUAUCCUGUUCGUAGUAAGCGAUUGAUAUGGAUGAUGAUGAUGAUGAUGAUGAUGAUGAUGAUGAUGGAGAAGGAGGGAGAACGGAUAGAAAAAAGAAAGAGAAAAGAAAAAGAAAAGAAAAACAAAAAGAAAAAAGUGGCCGAGAACGAUGACGAUGACGAUGACGACGGCAAAUGUUUAAAAAGGAGACACCUUGUAUAAUCCUCUCGAACGACUA